GAGCAUAUAUCUUUAUCAACAUCAUGUACUACUAGGAAAAAAAGACCAAAUGAAAUAGAUGGUAAGCAUUAUUAUUUUAAAACUAAAGAAGAGUUUAAAGACCAGAUUGAAAAUGAGGAAUUAUUAGAGUAUGCAGAAAUUUUUGGUGAAUUAUAUGGAACUCCUAAAAAAGAGGUUUUGAAAAAAUUAGACACUGGUGAAGAUGUCUUAUUUGAUAUAGAUUGGCAGGGUCAUAGGCAGUUAUCAGCUAUAGCAAGAGCAGAUGUUACAAGUGUAUUUUUAUUGCCACCCUCUAAAAGGGAGUUAUUAGAAAGGUUAAAAUUAAGAAAUCAAGAUAAUGUUCGAGUCAUUGAGCAAAGAAUGGCUAGAUCUGAUGAAGAGAUUAGUCAUUGGCAUGAAUAUGAUUAUAUAAUUAUCAAUAGAGAUAUUGAACAAAGCUUGGAAAAAUUGUUAUCAAUCUUAAAAUCUGAAAGGCUUAGAAAAGAAAGGAGAACAGGUCUUAAUGACUUUGUUGGCUCUUUGAUACAUGAAGAAUUUGUUAAGACAAAGAUAAUUUGA